AUGUCGGCAACGAUGAGCUCCUCUGUUGAAGGCGAGGGCACGAGCGAGGGCUGGGAAAAUUAUAAAAUGGGUCUUCACGAUGCGGAUGUAAUUACUUCUGACCGCUUGCGUCUUUUGACGGGCGUAAGCAGUGACAAGUCAAAGCCGUCUACCUGCCCGAAGUACUGUCCACAAGUAUCUGAUCCCGUGUGUGCAUCCAACGGCGUUAUCUACGCAUCCAAGUGCAUGCUGAUGAAGUCAACUUCCUGUAACUCGAGAAUAAAAGAGGUUCCAUUCACUCAGUGCAGUCGACCCAAUGGGUCCGAGUGCAACCACAAGUGCUUCGAAGAAAAUGAUCCUGUCUGCGGGAACGAUGGAAGGACGUACUUGAAUAAAUGCUUGCUGCUUGUGGAGUUUUGCAGACGUGGUGUGAAAUUCGCACAUUACGGAGCGUGCCGGAAUGAGACCGAGCCGUCGAAUGAUGAAUGUCCCGAAUCGUGUCCACCGAUGGAAAAACCGCGACGAUUCGGGUUUUUCCGACGUCUUGACGAAGCAAUCUGCGGUUCAAACGGAAAUGUUUAUCUGUCCGAAUGCGAAAUGAAAAGGAAAACUUGUGGGCGGCAUGUUUAUGAAGUGCCCAUGGCUUUGUGCAUAAAUAAUGAUGCCCAAAACGAAGCUUCGGAGCCAAACCUUUCGUCGAAGGCCAAGUACACCUCGUGUCCUGCCAAUUGCUCAACGGUACCCGUUUCCCCGGUCUGUGGCUCAGAUGGACGAUUGUACAACAGCUUGUGUGAAUUGCGAAUGCUGAACUGCGGACCCUAUGCAAAAAAUAUUCAACCAGACAGCUUGGAAAGCUGCCUGAAACAAGUUGAGCGCUGCGACGCCAUCAAAUGCCCUUCGGACUUCGACCCUGUGUGCGGGACUGACUCCGUGACCUACGCAAAUAAAUGCAGUCUGGAAGUUUCCGAAUGUCGUAAGGGCAUCCGCUUGGCGCACAAGGGCGCUUGUUCGAACCUAACAGAGUCGGAUGAGUGUCCUACAGAGGCAUGUCCAUCAGAGGACAGCCCGGUGUGCGGAUCCGACGGAAAUGUGUACCGCAACUGGUGUGAGAUGAAGCGCAGCACGUGUGGACAGAGAGUGGUGCAGCUGCCUCCGCAUCACUGCCGCACGACGGAACACUGCACGGAGAACUGCACGGAAAGCCCUCUCGUACCUGUUUGCGGUUCCGAUGGCAAGAUUUACCGCAACGAAUGUCUCAUGAGGUCACAGAAUUGCGGGAAACAUAUAUACGAAAUUCCUCUUUCGCGGUGCACCAAGAGCAUUGUCUUCAGCGGGUGUCGACGUUUAUGCUCCAUUGAAUACGACCCGGUGUGCGGGACGGAUGGGAAAACCUACUCGAACGCCUGCUUCCUGACAAUGGAGAACUGCCGCUCCCGAUCUCUCGUGACGAAGCAGCAUUACGGCCGGUGCGGAGACCCAUUACCCGAAGCAAGGAAUUAUCUCUAUUGAUAGAAAGUCAUUGUUAUCGCGUAAAUCUUGCGUCGUCGACGUCGUCGGCGUCGUGUGCGUCAGGUGUGCUUGUCGUCGUUACAGCCUUCACGUGCCGGCAAAGUUUUUUUUUAACACUAGAGGGUUUUUCCUUGCAUUUUCCUCCGCCCGCGAAUAGUGCCAAUUUGACCGUUCCGCCGAAUGAGUAUGCUGUUGAAAGUAUCUGCGACAAAAACUAAAGGUUGCUUGGCUGCAUAUUUGCAGGUUCACAACUUAAUUCCGCGCACCUUGUUGUCAAAGAGUGUAGGGCCGUUGACGUCAUUUAAACUUGAAACUUUCGAGCGUCGUAGUUGCAAACCUUACGAAGUUCGGUAUUUCUUUCGUUUUUUCCAUCUUUCCGGGAAAAAUUCAGCAGUAGCAUCCUAUACGUACAUCAAUGCCUAUAAUGAUCCAAUCCUCAGCUUCAACAAGUUUUAGGCCAACGUCUUUGCGAUCAAUUUUGAAAUAGGGUGGGAUGACACGAAUCAUCGACUGGUGAGCAGAAUGCAUCAAGAUUAAUUAUCGUCAAUUUUUCCCAUUUUAAUGCGAUUCUUGGUCAGAUUUUCUCUGCAACUCCUAAAAAUAAUUUUGAAUUUAAUUAAAGGUCACGUAGAAAGCGCCUGUUUAUUUGGUAAGAAUGUUCUUCAGUAGCAACCCUGACAUGGAAAAAAUUAAGAUACAAUUUAUGUUUUUGGAUAAAGUUCGUGUUCAGCACACAGUCGAGCCAAAAAAACGGCACCAUCGAAACGCAUUUUCUACUGAAAUAUAAUUGCCAGGAAGUUUUCAC